AUGCUUGCGGGAGGGGCCGCGGCCAACAUGGCGGACGAGGAGGUGGCCAAGUUGGAGAAACACCUAAUGCUUCUGCGACAGGAAUACGUGAAGCUGCAGAAGAAGCUGGCUGAGACCGAGAAGAGGUGUCGCCUCCUGGCUGCGCAGGCCCACCAGGAGGGCAGCAGCGACUGCUUCAUCACGCGCUUGCUGAGAAUUGUGGCCGAUCUCUAUGAGCAGGAGCAGUAUAGUGACCUGAAAAUCAAGGUUGGCAAUCAGCUCAUCAACGCUCAUAAGUUUGUGUUGGCUGCUCGCAGUGAGAAUUGGAGUCUGACCAGUCUGGCCUCCACUGAAGAACUGGACCUUUCAGAUGCCAACCCUGAGGUGACGAUGGCCUUGCUUCGCUGGGUCUACACUGAUGACUUGGAGUUCAAGGAAGAUGAUGUCUUCUUGACCGAACUUAUGAGGCUGGCGAACCGCUUCCAGCUGCAGCUCCUGCGGGAAAGGUGUGAGAAAGGAGUGAUGUCCUUAGUAAAUGUGAGGAAUUGUAUCCGUUUCUACCAAACUGCAGAAGAACUGAAUGCUACCACUUUGAUGAACUAUUGUGCAGAAAUCAUCGCCAGCCAUUGGGACGACCUGAGCAAGGAAGACUUCAGCAGCAUGAGUGCGCAGCUGCUGUACCAGAUGAUCCGGUCCAAGACACAGCACCCACUACACAAAGCCAUCCGGCUGGAGCGAGAGGAUGUCGUCUUCCUGUACCUCAUUGAGAUGGAUGCCCAGCUGCCCUUGAAGCUGAAUGAGCUGGAUCCCAAUGGAGAUCUCGCUUUAGAUCUCGCCCUUUCUCGAAGACUGGAGAGCAUUGCCAGCACCCUGGUGAGCCACAGAGCGGAUGUAGACAUGGUGGACAAGAGCGGGUGGAGCCUGCUGCAUAAAGCCAUCCAAAGAGGAGACAGCUUCGCGGCCACCUUCCUCAUUAAGAAUGGCGCCCUGGUGAACGCAGCCACUGUGGGGGCCCAGGAAACGCCGCUGCACCUGGUGGCCUCAUCCAGCUGCAGGAAGGGCCCGGACGAUGUCACGUCGGAGAUGGCACACAUCACCGAGUCCCUCUUGCAGGCCGGGGCCAACCCCAACAUGCAGGAUGGCAAAGGCAGGACACCGUUACACUCGUCCAUCAUUUCCAGGAACGAUGUCGUAUUCACUCAGCUGCUGCAAUGUAAACGGUUAGAUCUGGAGCUGAAGGACCAUGAGGGGAGCACAGCCCUGUGGCUGGCCGUCCAGUAUAUCACGGUGUCCUCGGACCAGGCGGUGAACCCCUUCGAUGAUGCGCCUGUUGUCAACGGGACCUCCUUUGAUGAAAACAGCUAUGCGGCCAGGCUGAUUCAGCGCGGCAGCAACACAGACGCGCCCGACACCAUGACAGGAAGCUGCUUAGUCCAGAGAGCAGCUGGAUCGGGCAAUGAGGCUGCAGCACUCUUCUUGGCGGCCAGUGGAGCCAAGGUCAAUCACAGGAACCGGUGGGGAGAAACACCACUGCACACAGCCUGCCGGUACGGCCUGUCCACCCUGACGGCUGAGCUCCUGCAACAAGGUGCUAACCCGAACCUUCAGACUGAAGAGGCCCUGCCGGCAGCCUCAGGCCUGGCUGAGGGCGUCUACCUGCAGACCCCACUGCACAUGGCCAUAGCUUACAACCACCCAGAUGUUGUGUCUGUCAUCCUGGAGCAAAAAGCUAAUGCCCUUCAUGCCCUCAAUUCCCUGCAAAUCAUCCCGGACUUCAGUCUGAAGGAUUCCAGAGACCAGACUGUCCUGGGGCUGGCAUUGUGGACAGGGAUGCACACAAUAGCGGCCCAGUUGCUGGGGUCGGGAGCCUCCAUUAACGAUGCCACGCCCGAUGGCCAGACACUUCUGCACAUGGCCAUCCGCCGGCAGGAUGGCAAGAGCGCCCUCUUCCUCCUGGAGCACCAGGCAGACAUCAACAUCCGGACCCAGGAUGGUGAGACAGCCCUUCAGCUGGCCAUCAGAAACCAGCUUCCCCUGGUGGUGGACGCCAUAUGUACUCGAGGGGCCGACAUGUCAGUGCUAGAUGACCAAGGAAACCCCCCGCUAUGGCUUGCCCUGGCAAGUGAUCUGGAAGACAUCGCCUCGACUCUGGUGAGGCAUGGCUGUGAUGCCACGUGCUGGGGCCCAGGUCCAGGCGGGUGUCUUCAGACGCUGCUGCACAGAGCCAUCGAUGAGAACAAUGAGUCUGUGUCCUGCUUCCUCAUCCGCAGCGGCUGUGAUGUGAACAGUCCAAGACAGCCAGGGGUUAACGGAGAAGGGGACGAAGAGGCCAGAGACGGACAGACCCCCUUGCACCUGGCAGCCUCCUGGGGCCUGGAGGAGACGGUCCAGUGCCUCUUGGAAUUUGGGGCCAAUGUCAGCAUGCAGGAUGCUGAGGGCCGGACGCCGAUUCAUGUUGCUAUUAGCAACCAGCAGAGUGUCAUCAUCCAGUUGUUGAUUUCCCACCCUGACAUCCGCCUGAACAUCCGGGACCGCCAAGGCCUCACCCCAUUCGCUUGUGCCAUGACUUACAAGAACAACAAGGCAGCAGAGGCCAUCUUGAAGCGAGAGCCCGGAGCCGCCGAGCAGGUAGAUAACAAGGGCCGGAACUUUCUCCACGUGGCUGUCCAGAACUCGGACAUUGAAAGUGUGCUGUUCCUCAUCAGCGUCCAAGCGAACGUGAAUUCCCGAGUCCAGGAUGCCUCAAAGCUGACCCCCCUCCACUUGGCUGUCCAGGCGGGUUCAGAGAUCAUCGUCCGCAAUCUGCUUCUUGCAGGUGCCAAGGUGAAUGAAUUAACCAAGCACCGCCAGACUGCCCUCCACCUGGCUGCCCAGCAGGACCUGCCCACCAUCUGCUCUGUCCUCCUGGAGAACGGGGUCGACUUCUCCGCUGUGGACGAGAAUGGAAAUAAUGCUCUCCAUCUUGCGGUCAUGCACGGUCGGCUGAGUACCAUCCGGGCCCUCUUGACUGAGUGCAGUGUGGACGCAGAGGCCUUUAAUCUGAGGGGCCAGUCACCAAUACACAUCCUGGGCCACUAUGGCAAGGAGAAUGCAGCCGCCAUCUUUGAGCUCUUCCUGGAGUGCAUGCCAGAAUACCCUCUGGACAAACCCGAUGCUGAAGGGAACACAGUGCUACUGCUGGCCUACAUGAAAGGCAACGCCAACCUGUGCCGCGCGAUCGUGCGUGCUGGGGCUCGCCUGGGCACUCACAAUAACCAGGGAGUCAAUAUCUUCAACUACCAGGUGGCCACGAAGCAGCUGCUGUUCAGGCUUCUCGACAUGCUCUCCAAGGAACCGCCAUGGUGUGAUGGCUCCAACUGUUACGAGUGCACGGCCAAGUUUGGGGUCACAACGCGGAAGCAUCACUGUCGGCACUGCGGACGCCUUCUUUGCCACAAAUGCUCCACCAAGGAGAUCCCCAUCAUCAAGUUUGAUCUGAACAAGCCCGUGAGAGUCUGCAACAUUUGCUUCGACGUUCUGACCCUGGGGGGAGUCUCCUAAGGGAGCCGGGGGCUGCCCUGGCUCCAUUCUCCUCGGCCCCAGCAGCCACCCAGUCCCAGCUCACCAGCCCUGCAGCCAGGGAGAGGGAAGGCGGCAGCGGUGGCAGCCUUUGUCUCCCUCCUGCGACAGACUGAAAACAAUUAAGGACCCCUAGUGAUUUACUCCAUUACCAAUGAUUUAUCCAGUUGUCACUGUAUCAGGUUGUGAUCGAUUUCAGCAGAGGUUUAAAUUGGAUUGGACCACUGGAGCGAGGUGGUGAGUGUGGCUGCGCUGGCCUCCCCGGGAGAGCCUGCUGUUGAGGCCUGUGGCUGGGGAGGGGGUGCCUGCUGGGCUGGGGCGCCUUGGGCUUUCAUGGUGGGUUCUUCCCACUAGCAAGUCUUCUCAAAGCUCAGUUGUAGUGCUCGUGGGCACUUUGUGAAAACAGGGUUCAGAGAGGAGAAUUGCCAGAAAAAAAGUGGCCUUAACAACAGAAAGCUUUACCAGGGGGCAUCUCUGCUCUCCCACAGGCUGCCCAGGCAGCAGGCUGCCCCUCUCCACAAUGUUUGGGCUACAGGGCUGCUCCCCUGGAGGUGCCCCUGCCACGAGGGCAGCCUGCCAGGCAGACCCUCCCGCCUCAGGGACACCGAGAGGGAGCCAUGUACUUGUUCUGGGGACACUGGGGGGGCUGGCUCAGCAUCCCAGCCCACGCACACACCCACACAGAAAACCUGGAACACAUGGCGCUCCCACCUGUGGUCAUAAGAAAAAUGCCUGUGCUUAACCUGCAUGGGGAAUUCCAUUUGGAACACAAACUUUGUUUAUACAGCUCAAAUGUCCAAGAAGAGAAAAGCCUAGGACUUGGCAGCUUGGGCAGAGUCUUCCUUGGGCAUGAGUAGGCCUGCUCCCUUUCCUGGUCCUCACCUCGUCAGUACGGUUCUGAAGGCCAGAGGAGGUUCGUGGUGGUCCCCGCUGGUGAGGAACAGGGAGGAGAGGAGGGUCUCUGUCCUCUCUUCAAAGAAGAAGCUGUCACACCUCUAUCACGGCAAGGGAAGGCUCCCCUCGGGGGCGAAGAAUGCCCGUGAGAAGAGGGACCUUCUCCUCGGCCUUGUUAGCCUCUGUGCUGAGCCCGGAGCCUCUGGAGUCGUUCUCCAUCAGGCUGGGUGGGCAUGUUCCAGGAUCUCCCCCGCCCUGCCCCUGCCGCCCCCAGCCCAGGAUGCUUCGGGAGCCAUGGCGUGUGUGCAGCCUAUACACACACAUGCACGCGCACUCACCCACAUACAGGUGCACACGUACACGUGCACAUGCAACCACACAUAUUUAUACAACAUGUAGAAUGGAGUCAGAAAUAAGUGGUACUUUUUUAUAUUUCUGUGAUUUAGAGAGUAUGUACAUAUCACAUGCAUACAUUAUGUUUUAAGCAAGAAUUUCGAUAUGUUCAUUGUGUUUAAAAGGCAAAAGUUCAUUAGGACCUUGUUUAUUUGGUGCCGUCACAUUCCACGUGGGAUUUGCUGGAAAUCACCUCCCCCCUUUGGUGAGGAGCCAGGAAUGCCCCUGUGUGCCACAUACAUGUGUGUACACACACACGCACAUACCACACAUGCGCGCACACAUUCGUACACCCCCCCUCACACACCAUACCAACACAUGCACACAUUCACACGUGCACACACGUACAUCACACACAUGCACACAUUCACACUCAUACGCACACAUUCACACCAAUCACACACCAUACACACACACACAUUAACACACAUGCUUGCACAUGCCACACAUAUGCGAACACAUUUGUACACCCCCCACACACACCAUACCAACACACGCACACAUUCACACACUCAUACGCACACAUUCACACCAAUCACACACCAUACAUACAUACACACAUUAACACACACGCUUGCACAUGCCACACAUAUGCGAACACAUUUGUACACCCCCCACACACACCAUACCAACACAUGCACACAUUCACACACUCAUACGCACACAUUCACACCAAUCACACACCAUACAUACAUACACACAUUAACACACACGCUUGCACAUGCCACACAUAUGCGAACACAUUUGUACAUCCCCCCUCACACACCAUACCAACACAUGCACACAUUCACACGUGCACACACAUACAUCACACACAUGCACACAUUCACACACUCAUAUGCACACAUUCACAACCAAUCACACACCAUACACACACGCACACAUGCACACACGCACACGCACACACACCCCUUUGCAGACACUGGCCAGCUUCCACGCUGGAGGACCUUUGUUCUUUGGGCAUGCACUUCCCCAAGAAUAUAUCACAAGAAACCAUUUUCUAGAGUUUAAUUAGAUGAAACUUAAUUCUUUAAUCCAAAUAACUAACUAUGUUAUGAGAGGGGCUUGGCCCUUCACUCUACUUCUGUUAUUGCUUCCUGCAUCGUUGUUAGCAGUUUAAAUCAUGUGUUGAAAGGUGCUGGGGACCCACACGACAUGUUUGUGGAUGUGUUGUGCUGAGUCAGGGUCAGUUUGUGCCAUGUUGACUUGGGGACCUCUCCCCCACAGCUCAUGGUCUGUACUUGGGUGGGGUGGGGGGUCUUGGGGUGGCAUUCCUCUCUCCAUAGGCCCCAGUGGCGCCAGCCUGCCUGUGCACUUGUGGGUGUCUGCGAUCGGGGUACAUGUCUUCGCUAUGAGGCCUUACACCUUCCGGGCUGUUCUAAGGAGAAGGACAUCAGACCUGCUUAGGCAGUCGCUCCAGGCAGCCGUGAGGGACACAAAUGCUCCUUAUUCACAGCUGGAAAGUCCAGAGUCCUCAAGCAAGGAGACAGUGAGCCUGACCCAGGCCCUGAGGCCCAGCCCCUGGUCACGGCCUGUGACCUGUGAGCCAGGCACGUUGCAGCCUGUUGGGGGGCCCCCUUAGCAGCCCCUGCCUCAAGACCUACGUCCCUGAGGUAGGGAGCCAUGUGCAUGGGACACAGGCGUUUCUCAGCUGAUUGGGAUUUUUUCACCCAGACACUUCCAUGUGGUCGUGACUUUAGCCCCCCACGCCCAAAGUUUGAAUCUUGGAUAUCCCUUCUCACAUGCUUUCUGUCCCAAGCACAGACCCCACCUCAUUCACCCAUAGAGUGUCACUGGGACAGCCUCUGGAUGGUGGCUCCUUGUCUGUGACCUGGUUGUAAGUCCAGUGUCCACCCAGAAAUUUUCUCCCUCUGCCUGAAUGGCAGUUAGUAAUUAAGGCAGCAAACAGCCUCAACGGAAAGGCCUGAGAGUGAGGGGCGCCCAGAAGGCAGGCGUCUGCAGGGCUUGGCUUGGCUGAGACCUUGGUCCCCCCAAAGCACAAACCCCACCAGAGGAGGAAUGCGGGGCUGACUCCCAAGCCUCAUUUUUCCCUUUGUUGUGUGGAGUGGCACAGAGCCAUCCUAGAAAUGGACUGACCAGUUCCUGCUAUCCCAAGAGCUCGCUGACCGUUACCAUUCUAAAUGCCUUAAAGACUGCAGAUUCAUGCCUCUAUGGUUUCCUUUCCAUGUGCUUAAAUGGUACCUCAGCCUGAUGCUUCACAGCUGAUGCUGGCCACUUUGGUCAGGCUGGCCAGCUCUCAGUGGGAAAGCCCCUGGACAACGCUCUGUGCCCCUCUGGGUCUGGGGUCAUAGGGUCCUAGGGCGGGGGUGCUGUGCAAAAGAAUGUCUGAGGACCACCAGGAGGCGGGCACGUGCGGCCAAGGUCACCUUGGAGUCUGUGGAAUAGAAUGUAUUUUUUCCAAAUGGAUAUUCUCAUUAACUGUAAUGAUUCCUUGUAAUAAUACUAGAAUGCAUCAACCAUGUACAUUAAAAUGAAAACCUUUGGUAA